UCGGGUGCAGGUCGCCUGCGGGAGCCAGCCGGACCUCUGCGGCAUCUCUUCUGACAUGGCCGACUCGGAGAACCAGCGCCCUGCGGAGCAGAGCCAGGCGGCGGCGGCGGCGGCAGCGGCGGCGGCGGAGGUGAUGGCGCCGAGCACCUCGCGGGCUGCCGAGGCCGACGGCGCGGCCGCUCAGGCGCCCGGGGAGCCCCAGGGCGCCGCGGAGAACGCCGCACGCCCGAAGAACGACUUCAUCGACAGCCUGCCCAACUCCGUGAAGUGCCGCGUCCUGGCGCUCAAGAAGCUGCAGAAGCGCUGCGACAAGAUCGAAGCCAAGUUUGACAAGGAGUUCCAGGCCCUGGAGAGGAAGUACAACGACAUCUACAAGCCGCUGCUCGCCAAGAUCCAGGAGCUGACCGGCGAGAUGGAGGACUGCGCGUGGACCAUGGAGGCAGACGACGAUGAGGACGACGACUUCGAUGACGACGACUACGAGGACGAGGAGGACGGAGACGAGGAGCCACCAGAGGCGGGUUCCAAGCAGGCGGCCGCGGGGAUGAAGGACGGCGGCGCCCGCGCCGAGAUGCCCGACGACGCCAAGCAGUAAGAGGGGCGGGGGCCGAGGAGGAGGAAGCCGAUCCAGAAAACCUGAUGUUGUUAUUUUUGUGUGUGUGUGAGUAGUGGUGGGCUUAAAAAAGGGGGGUUUUGACCAAAAUGCAAUGUGAAUUUAGUCUGGCAUUCCUAAAAAUCGGUUAAAUUGACGCUGUUAGAAUCCUGGCCAGCCCGGUUCAAAUUUGACUUUCGUUUUGAACUUAAUCAGUGUAUCAAAAGGUAGCGACGAAAACCAAAUUAAACGUAAAAAUUAAUUUUUCGUGAUCUCCUCUGGGAGGACUCGAACUGAGACUCAGAGAGGGUGUCAACAGAUGUGAAAUGAAGAACGUCACUUUGAAACCCGUCCACCAGGCAGCCAUCACGCCACACCGGACACUUUCCCGAUGCGUCACUCUUCAGUUGCUGCAGCCCUGUGACAUUCCCCCGCGCGGAGAAGGCAGAGAGCAAGAAAAACGUCAUCUUUUAAGACUUUGCUUUUGUAACCCGGACAGUUUACACUUGAGAGGAAAGGGACGAGGUCAUUGAAAAAGACUGUGAUGGAGAUCAUGACACUAAUUGUUAAUGAGGCCAGGGAAACUGCCAUUUCAUGUUCUGAAACAUGUUGUGAAUGUUUGAAUUGAGAGAAACAAUGUGGUUCCAGGGAGAGUGUAAAAUCUGUAUAAUAUCGUCAGCUUCUGUACUCAUUAGUCCUAAUCUCAUGUUUAUGUGUUUUCUUGGUGAUGUUUUAAGUAUUGCCUAGCAUUUUAGAAGCAUUAAUUUACUUGAAGAGAUGUAGAAUGUAGCAAAUUGCGUAAAUUUAGCAUGUGUAUUCAGUGUUGCGUAGUUUGCGCCUUGUGAAGUCUUUGUCACGUAGCUUUUAGGGUAUAGCUGUGAAAAUCAUCAGAACUCUUCAUUGAAGCUAAUAUGUUUGGAAAAAAUAUAUACUUGAAGGACUAAUCCAAGUGUGUGCCCUUACCCCCAAGCUCAGAAGUAGAAAGGGUUUACGUUUGCUUGUAUUAGCUGUGCCUUCAUUAUUUUGCUAUGUAAAUGUGACAUAUUAAAUAUAAAAUGGUGCAUAAUUAAUUUUUACUGAUUGACGACAGACUGGCAUACAGGAAGGAUUUCUAGGAAGAACAUUUAAUGUAAAGCUUCUUUGUGGAUUUUGAAUUGUAUGUGAGCCAGUGAUCUGUAAAGAACAUAAGCAUAAAGUUGUUUACCACUGUGGUGUUAAUAAAACAGUAUUUUCAAAAA